AAAUAGCAAAAUUGUUAAAAACUAAAAUUCAUGAACUAAAUUAUUAAAAAAAAUAAAAAUAAAAUUUAUGGAGUAAAUUAUUAUAUUAAUAAAGUUUCGAUUAAGGGUGUACAUGGGUCCGGUUGGGUCGGGUUGAAGGAAUUUUGUGGACCAACCCGAAAAUUCAGGUUGGCUUUAAUUGAACCCUAUCGGUUCAUUUUUUAAUGGUCAACCCAAUCCAACCCAAAAUUUUUGGGUUGGGUCAUUGGUUUUGAUUGUUUUUUUUUUUUUUAUUUUGAUUUUUUUUUUUUUUUGUGAAGGACGGCAGAUCAAUGUGAGGUCAAAAGCGUGAGGUCGGAGACAUGUAGCCGGAAGCGUGAGGCUGAAGUUGGAGGUGAUUUGUGUCUUGCGAGUCUGUGAUCGACAGCCAGAGGCAUGAGGCCGGAAGCGUGAGGUUGGAAAUGCGAGGCCGAAAGCGGAGGCGUGAGGCCAGAGAAGUGAGAUGAGAGGGAUCGACGAGGGGAGGGACGAGGGUUUCAGCGUUUCACGCGUUGGCCUUCAGGUUUGUUUGUUUUUUUUUCAAUAUAUAUAUUUGGAUCGGGUCGGGUCAACCCGAUCCUAAAAGGGAGUAACCCGAGACUCGACCCAUAAUUUAAUUUUCUAAUAUUUUUUAACCCAACCUAACCCAAAAUAAAAUCUAACCCAAUUCAACUUUUACAGUUUGGAUUGGGUAAUGUAAGUUGAUCGGAUUAUCAGAUUUUUUGAACAUCCUUAGUUUGGAUGCUAAAUUUGUUUUCAUUAUUUGUUCAAAUAUUUAAAAUUGGUGUCAAUAGUUUUUGAGAUUCAAUGUUGUGUACUGAAUUUUGUGUGUAUGCAAAAGAGACAGAUUGUGUAAGUGAAUGAGAGAGAGAGAGAGAACAGAGAGAGAUGCCCCGGCCUUGUCCUUCCUACCUCGGCCAUUGACAAAACAACUCGAAAUGACAGAAGCAACAUUCAGACUCACUGCCAAUUCAGACACAACAAAAAGCAACCCAAUUUUAUAUAUUUCAAAAUAAUCCUAGUAAUUAAUCCCAAUUCAUCCUAUAUAAACAACCCCAAUCCCAACAAUAUUUUUAAAUUAAAAAAAAUUAAAAAAUAAAAACACAUCCAUUCCCAAUUCUCCCUUUUGAAAAUUUUUGCAAAUGAAUUUCACUCACCAUAUGGAUAUGAGUCUUCACUCCUCCAUGAGUACCACUCUCCCCUUUAGCUACAACAUUAUUUCCGGUUCAAAUUGCGGCAUUAUUUCCACUUGUUCAACUAGUAAUAAUGUCGGACUUCUAACGGCGGGCCCAAGAAUGGAUAGCAGAAUAUGGAGCAAAUUGCCGCAGAGGAUUCUGGAUCGGGUGGUGGCGUUUCUGCCGCCGCCGGCCUUUUUUCGUGCUCGUUGCGUUUGCAAGAGAUGGUACGGGCUUCUAUUUUACGCUAGCUUUCUGGAAUUGUACCUCCAACUUUCUCCACAUCGCCGCCAUUGGUUCUUGUUUUUCAAGCUUAAAGGCGUUUCCAGCCAUAUUUACAGAAAUAAUAGUAACUCUCCACUUGCUGGACCCGACCACUCCAGGCCUACCUACGAAGGGUACCUAUUCGAUCCAUACGACGUGGCAUGGUACCGGCUGUCGUUCAGUCAAAUUCCGGCAGGUUUCUCACCAGUAGCUUCCUCCGGCGGAUUAAUCUGCUGGUCACCGGACGACGGAGGCCCCAAAACUCUAAUCCUAUCAAACCCAAUUCUGGGGACCUUAUCUCAACUUCCUCCAACCAUAAGACCACGCCUUUUCCCUUCAAUCGGCCUCGCCAUAACCCCAUCUUCCAUCGACAUCACGGUAGCCGGCGACGACUUAAUCUCCCCUUACGCCGUGAAAAACCUGACAGCGGAAACCUUCCACAUAGACGGCAGUGGAUUCUACUCGAUGUGGGCCACCACGUCGACAUUGCCACGUCUCUGCAGUUUCGAAUCAAGCCGAAUGGUGGACGUGAGAGGAAGAUUAUACUGCAUGAACUACAGCCCAUUCAGCAUAUUAGCGUACGACAUGUCGCACAACAAUUGGUGGAAAAUCCAAGCCCCAAUGAGACGGUUUUUACGGUCCCCAAACUUAGUAGAAAGUCAAGGGAAAUUACUGUUAAUUGCGGCGGUAGAAAAAAGCAAAUUAAACAUCCCAAAGAGCUUAAGAAUUUGGGGGUUGCAAAGCUGCGGGACCACAUGGAUUGAAAUGGAAAGAAUGCCGCAACAAUUGUACCUGCAAUUUGAGGAAAUGGAAAAAUCGUGUGGGUUUGAAUGUGUAGCGCAUGGGGAAUUCGUGAUGGUUUUAAUUAGAGGGUGUUGGGAUAAAGCCGCGCUUUUGUAUGACAUGGCUAAGAAAUUAUGGCAAUGGGUUCCGCCGUGUCCUUAUAUCGGCGCUGGCGCUUGCGGUGGCAACGGCGGAGAGGUUUUACAUGGGUUUGCUUAUGAGCCUAGAUUGGCAACCCCAGUUACUGCACUCAUUGAUCAUUUCUCUAAUCCCUUUCAAAAUUACAACGCUAAUCAUAAUUAGUGAUUAUUAUAAAUCAUUUGUGGGGGGGAGUAUGCAAAUUUCAAUGAAGGAUUAAAGUUUAGGCUUUAAAGUUUUAAUUUGGUAGAGUGAUAUAAUGAGUUAAGUUGUAUGUUGUUUGUGUUGACUUAAGU